AUGAUAAACACCACACAGCUCUCCUUUUUCACCCUUGCUGGCUAUUUUGACACAGGACGUGUCACUUACUUGUGCUUCAUUGUUAUUCUUGCUUUGUAUAUUUUCAUUGUAGGUUCCAAUGUCCUGCUGAUUGUGGUUAUCUGUGUGAACAGAAGCUUACAUGAACCUAUGUACAUGUUUCUGUGCAGCCUGUUUGUGAAUGAGCUGUAUGGUAGUACAGGGCUGUUUCCACUCCUCCUGGUUCAGAUCCUCUCUGAUGUUCACACUGUUUCUGCUUCAUUUUGUUUCUUGCAGAUCUUCUGUGUCUAUGCAUAUGGAAGUAUUGAGUUUAGUAACUUGGCUGUUAUUUCUUAUGACAGAUAUCUUGCCAUCUGCUGUCCUCUGCGAUAUCACACAUGUAUGAGUUCUAGUAAGGUAUCCGUGCUCAUUGCACUAACAUGGUUGUUGACUUUUUUUGCAAUAAGUGUUUUAAUUUCUCUGAGUGCUCCUCUGCAGCUGUGUGGGAACAUCAUUAACAAAGUGUACUGUGACAACUACUCCAUUGUUAAACUGGCCUGUUCUAACACCACAGCCAAUAACAUCUAUGGAAUACUCUACACGUUCACUUUAGUUCUUCUGGUAACUUUAAUUUUUUACACCUACAUGAGGAUCCUUAAAGUCUGUUUUUCUGGAUCCAAACAGAUGCGACACAAAGCCAUCAGCACCUGCACGCCUCACCUCGCCUCACUGCUCAACUUCUCAUGUGGUGCUUUUUUUGAAAUUAUACAAAACAGAUUUGAUAUGAGACAGCUCCCAAAUAUGUUGCGUAUUUUUUUAUCAAUAUAUUGGCUGACGUGCCAACCACUCUUCAAUCCUGUAAUCUAUGGGCUAAAUCUGACCAAAAUCCGAGUCUCAUGUAAAAAUCAGUUAAGAAAGGUUGUGUACAUCAGCAGGAAACCUUUGGAGUGGGAGUCCACGUACAGCAUCGUGGAGACAGAGUGCUUGGCAAUCUGGUGGGUGGUCAACUUCCUCCAUUAUUACCUCCGGGUCCACCCUUUCACCUUCAGUUUGGAUAAUGCCCCCCUGCACUGGCUCCACUGCAUGAAAGAUCCCAAUGCACGGAUCUCACGGUGGGUUCUUGCUCUUCAGCCUUUUAAGUUCAAAGUGGUCCAUAGGCUGGGGGCACAAAUGGUCGUGGCUGAUUUCCUCUCCCACCCAAGUGGCAAAGUGUGGUUUGUGGCUCAGCUGCAGGGCAGUGGUGCACCAGCAGGUUCAGGGUGUCAGGGGAGGCUGGUUGUCACGGCCGGUGAGCAUUACCUAAUCCACCUUCUCUACUUCAGGAGCCACCGGGGCCGAAGGAGGAGGGCAGUAAGUCCGAGCUGCCAAGAAACACCUGAAUCUGUGCAGAGUGUGUGA